AUGAAGUCUUGCUUCACCGUCUCCAACUCUCUUUUCUUCUUCCUCAAUUUUCUCAGUGUUUAUACUUCUGAGUCGGCACCUACAUUUCUAUGGCAGUACUGCAACUCCACCCUCUUCACUCCCAAUUGCACCUACCGAUCCAACCUCGACACUCUCCUCUCUUUCCUCUCCUCUGCCACCACCAACAGCACCAAUGGGUUCGCCAAUGCCACCGCUGGCCAAAACCCUCCAGACCGGGCCUACGGACUCUUCCUCUGCGGUGGUGACCUUGACACCGCCGCGUCCAAAAACCGUACCCUUCUUCUUCCUGUAAUUGCGUGCUCCUACCGCAGGCCCAAGCUAUCCAUCAUGAAUUCUUGCUUCACCGUCUCCAUCUCUCUCUUCUUCUUCUUCUUCUUCUACUUCAUCCAGAUUUUCAGUACUGAGGCUGCACCGCAAUAUCUGGAUCAUAAUUGCCCAAACGCCACCCUCUUCACUUCCAACUCCGCCUACAAAUCCAACCUCAAUAUCCUCCUCUCUUUCCUCUCCUCCGCCGCCACUAACAGCACCAAUGGGUUCGGCAAUGCCACCGCUGGCCAAAACCCUCCAGACCGGGCCUACGGGCUCUUUCUCUGCCGUGGUGACCUUGACACCGCCGCGUGCAGCGAGUGCGUGGAUGCCGGAAAACAGAAUAUCCUCCAAAAAUGCCCCAACCAGCGAGUCUCGGUAAUCUGGUACACUCAGUGCACGUUGCGGUACUCAAACCAGUCCAUCUUCUCUGUCAUGGAAGAGAUGCCUGCUCUUACGUGGUACCACCCCGGGAACAUCAGUAACCCGGCCGAGUUCGUGAAAGUGCUCAAUAAAACCAUCAGAGACGCUGCCUGGAGCGCUUCGGUCGGCGACUCUCGGAAGAAAGUCGCAGUCGCUACGGCCAAUUUCACGAGCCUGCAGACGCUGAGCCUGCAGACGCUGUACACGUUUGCGCAGUGCACGCCGGACUUGUCGCAGUGGGACUGUAACACGUGUCUCCGGUUGGUGAUUCCGGGUCUUCCCGAGGGGAAGCAAGGAGGGAGGAUGAAUACUCCUAGCUGCAACGUGAGGUUCGAGGUGUACCUCUUCUAUAAUGCCUCCGCCCUGCUGGCCCCACCUCCUCCUCCGGUAACAACACCCGAAGGCCCUCUUCCUCCGGUUACAACACCUGAAGGCAAAAGCGACAAAGUAGGAAAAAGCAACAAAUCGGCCGUGAUAGCUGUGGCCAUUACUGUUCCUGUUGGAGGUGCUUUGGUACUUCUUUUUCUCACUUCUUGUUUCCUUCGAAGAAAGAAGACGAAUGCGAAUGAAGCCGUCGAAGGAAUAAGCGGUGCAAGCGAACUUACCACUGUGGAGUCUUUGCAAUUUGACUUCACUACAAUACAAGCCGCGACAAAUGAUUUCUCUCCUGAAAACAAGUUGGGUGAAGGUGGAUUUGGUGAAGUUUUCCAGGGUAGACUUCCUAAUGGACAACAAACCGCGGUAAAGAGGCUAUCUCAAAGCUCAAGACAGGGUGAUGAGGAAUUCAAGAAUGAAGUUCUAUUAGUUGCAAAGCUUCAACAUAGAAAUCUUGUACGACUGCUUGGAUUUUGCUUGGAGGGAAGCGAAAAGCUACUAGCAUACGAGUUUGUGCCAAAUAAAAGCCUUGAUUUCUUCUUAUUUGAUCCCCAAAAAAAGGGUCAAUUGAAUUGGCCAUUACGAUAUAAAAUAAUAUCUGGGAUUGCUCGAGGAUUGCUCUACCUACAUGAAGAUUCUCGUCUCCGAAUCAUCCAUCGUGACUUAAAAUGUAGCAAUAUCUUGUUAGACAGUGAAAUGAACCCAAAGAUUUCGGAUUUUGGCAUGGCAAGGAUUUUUGGAGGUGAUCAAACUCAAGCUAGCACAAAUAAAAUCGUGGGGACUUAUGGUUACAUGUCUCCAGAGUAUGCAAUGCAUGGAGAGUUCUCAGUUAAAUCUGAUGUUUAUAGUUUCGGCAUACUACUUUUGGAGAUCAUUUGCGCCAAGAAAAAUAACUUCUACCACCAAUUGGAUGGGGGUGAAUACCUUGCUAGUUAUGCAUGGAAUCAAUGGAGAGACGGCACACCCUUGAAAGUGUUGGACAUGGCUAUCAUGGAUUCAAAUUCAAAAGAUGAAGUACUUCGAUGCCUACACAUUUGCUUACUAUGCAUCCAGGAAGAUCCGGCUAUUAGACCCACCAUGGCAACUGUAGUUCUCAUGCUUAGCAGCAAUUACUUUAACCCGCCAUCACCUCGACAUCCAGCCUUCUUUGUCCGAAGUCGAUCUCGAGGGCUAAGCAUCCCAAUGAAAGAGCUUCAGUCAAACCAAUCCACUAGUAGUACUAUGCCUCUGUCAACCAAUGGUAUGUCAGUUACCGAAUUCUACCCCCGAUGAAUGGUGGUGUGAGUGAAAUCUUUCUUCAUGGAUGGUCUUCCAGUGAGAUUGCUUGGCUUUCCACCAAGAUUAUUUAUUAACAAUAAGCAAAAAUCUAUGUAAUUACAUAAUAAGAUUUUAAUUG